CUCUUUGGUGUCUGUAUGAUGGAGGUGUCUCCCAGCUUCUCAAAGAAACAGUGUUUCUGGAUAAAGAGAAGUUCCUACCAGAAGUAGUGAAAUGUGUCUGCAAUGAGAAAUUAAAUCUUCAUUUGAGAACCAAAACAGGGCUAGGAGAUGCAGAAAUCCUGAGUGCAGGAAUUGGAAAGGGUCCAUAUGGAAUAUUUGCUGGCAGAGAUGCUUCCAGGGGACUAGCAACUUUCUGUCUAGAUAAAGAUGCACUCAGAGAUGAAUAUGAUGACCUAUCGGACUUAAAUGCUGUACAGAUGGAAAGUGUCAGAGAGUGGGAAAUGCAAUUUAAAGAAAAAUACGACUACGUAGGUAGACUCCUAAAACCAGGGGAAGAACCAUCAGAAUACACAGAUGAGGAAGAUACCAAGGAUCACACUAAACAGGAAUGAACUUUGUAAACAACCAAAGUCAGGGGCCUUCGGAACUGCAACCUCUUGUUCCCCAUCACAGAAUGUCCUGCAUCUUUGGGUACAGUUCAUCUGCUGCGAAAAACAUUCAACAGGUUUUGUACAAGGAAAAUAAUAUACUCACAAAUGAAGAUUUGAAUACUAGACAUCAUUUGUGCUGCCAAACUUUUUGUUGCAGUUUAUUUGUAAUGUCUGGUUAGGCUUCGUUAGUGAAGAGGGGCCAGGGAUUUAAAGGUAAAAACGCUAUUCCUUUUUAUCGAUAAGCUGAACCCUUCAAAGAAUAUAUAUUACAAGCUCUCUAAAAGACGUGUCUUCAAGCUCAGUGGAAGGUUUGAAUCUUGUUUCAUGUGUGUCUUUUCCUUCAGCAUUAAAGAAAGAUGUACUCAUGUACAUCAGUAUCAGUAGGUUAGACUACUGAAACUGGUGUUAAAAUGUGAAUUUCCAAUUUUAUUUUGUAUGUGGGUGUUAGUAGCCCUGGCAGAAUACUUCAGUUCUCUAAGAGAAUUCCAUGUAGAUUAGGAUGGGGGUAAAAUUCAUCCUCUUCUCAAAAGGAUUGGGUAAAACUUUUCCUCUGCAACAACUAUUAUCUGAAGCCUGCCUCUCUCCCCUUUUCCCAUUCUCUAAAUCAAAUCAAAUCAAAUCUUAAUUGUGCCUUAUUUCGCUUACAUAGACUUGAAUUGUUUUAAGGGACAGCCCCAAAAUUGUGGUUUCAUAGUCACUACAAGCAGCAUUGAGACUGAAGUUAGAAUGUUCUGUUGACUGGAAAACCUUGAUGUCAUUCUGUGUAUAGAAUGUAAAAGAGGAAUACUCAGUGUUACUGCCAUAUGUUAAUACUACAUAUACUUAAAUUAGCAUUGUGAUGGCCAAAUGCAUACUCCCAUGCUUCUUUUUAAGUAAUUACAAACACACACAAAAGUCACCCUUCCUCCUCUUCCAGAAGCUGCCUAACUUUUGGGAGCAUAGCCUUCACACCCCUGUAGAGUGGAGGGGCGUGCGCGCGUGUGUAUGUGUGCGUGUCUGUCUGAAUGCAAGACUUGGGAGGGAUUGUUUCUGCAGAUAUUGUAAAUACGAGUACCAUUUUAAUAAAGCAUGUACAAUACCA